AUGUCAGAGCUGUCAGAGCUACCAGAGCACCUGAAGGACGUGAUGCCCACGGAAAGGAAAUCCAUGUGGAGGACUGCCGAGGAGAGGAGAAUGUCUGACCUCACCCGGGUGCUGGAGUGGCUGGAGCGGAGGCAGGGGAAGAAGAAGCAAGCUCUCACGAAGCAAACACUCAAGGUGGAAACAGUCCCUAAAGCAAAUAAGAAGGAAGAAAAGAAAAUCAAAGGCAUCCUGAAAAAGCAGGGUGAGGACUACCAGGCCGUGACGUCUUCCGAGCAGGCCUCAGGACAAAGCUCCAAGAAGGACGAGGACACCAUCAUAUACCAAAAACCCUACGGUGUGGAGAAGAAGGGGAAGCGCAUCAGCAUCGUCCCUGGCAACUACGGCAAGGAGGGCUCCAGGAAGUCUGACUUAGAUAUCAAGGAUGUCAUCGCCCUGGAGUCCACUCUGCGGCCCAACCCAUACCGUCGACAAAGCACUGUCUUAGAUCCCAACCAGCAGGAGAAUGUCUUUAACAAGAGGACGGCCCUCUUAAGGGACUGGUCCGGUAAGACAGCUGACACCGCUUAUGAACGCAAGCUAAAGAGCCUCAUGGAGAAAACCCCCGAGUCCAAGACUGAAACCAUGAAAAUGCUGAGGCCAGAGGAGGUGCUAAGCUGCCGAUACCUGAGGCUGUCCAAGAACAAUAUUCGGACCUUGCUCAAGCUAUGCAAGGACGCAGGACUGACCGUGGACAUCCACCCCCACAUGGUCGAAGGGGAUAUCGAUGCAAAGAAGGUGUUCGCCCAGAUCUCCAAUGUGGUUCCUCUGAUGUCAUCCCGGGGGUCACCCUCUAAUGCACCACAAGUGGCCCUUCAGACUUAG